CUAGCGGUCUUGGUGAGGGCACGGGGCUAUACAGGCUGAGUGCUGCCCUCGGUCCCAGGAAGAAAACCAGUGCCCCAGGCGGCAAGGAGCGCGGCGCCUCGCGGAGAUGCUGCGGUCUGGCGAGGUCCACACUGGGCUAGGAGAGGAGAUAGAGAAAAUGGGAAGAUGGAAGGGAAAUCCCGUAUUGGGAGUCAUCUUGGCCUAAAUUACUGUAUGACCUUGAGCCGGUCACCUCCCCUCUCUGGGAAUGUUUCCUCAUCUGUAACAUGAGAGAAUCAAGACUCUUCCUGCUCUGACAUCCCAUCCUCCACAUCUCCGCAGACGACCAUCAUGGCAGUGGAGUUCGACGGAGGUGUUGUGGUGGGUUCUGACUCCCGGGUGUCUGUAGGCAGAAAGGCAGUGGUAAACCGAGUGUUUAACAAGCUGUCUCCACUACACCAACACAUCUAUUGUGCUCUCUCUGGUUCGGCUGCUGAUGCCCAAGCCAUGGUUGACAUGGCCACCUACCAACUGGAGCUCCAUGGGUUGGAACUGGAAGAAUGUCCGCUUGUUCUAGCUGCUGCCAACGUGGUAAGGAAUAUUUCUUAUAAAUAUCGGGAGGACCUGUCUGCACAUCUCAUAGUAGCUGGCUGGGACCAACGUGACGGGGGCCAGGUGUACGGAACCCUGGGAGGAAUGCUGACUCGGCAGCCCUUUGCCAUCGGUGGCUCUGGCAGCACCUAUAUCUACGGUUAUGUGGAUGCAGCAUAUAAACCAGGCAUGUCCCCUGAGGAGUGCAGGUGUUUCACCACCAAAGCUAUCACUCUGGCCAUGAACCGGGAUGGCUCUAGUGGGGGUGUCAUCUACCUGGCCACUAUUACAGCUGCUGGUGUGGACCAUCAAGUAAUUUUGGGUAAUGAGCUGCCGAAAUUCUAUGACAAGUGAAUCUUCCUCAGACUUCCUUUCCUUAUUUUGUAAUAAACUGUCUGGGACCAGAA